AUGGACUCUCGCCAACCGGCGACUCUCGGAGUCUCGAUCACUGUCUUCGUGCUUGCCACCAUAUUCGUCGCGCUACGGUUUGUGUCGCGGAUCCUGAUCGUGCGCAAAGUUGGGUUACACGACUAUGUGAUGCUUCUGGCGUGGGUGAUCGACUUUGGCUUCUCGUUCUCGCUGUUCUACUCGACCAAGUACGGGUUGGGGCUGCAUUCGUCAGACAUCCCAGACCAGGAUGAAUACCCCCUGAACAAGUCCAAUUAUGUAUUCACCGUGCUCUAUAAUCCGGCGCUCAUGGCCGUCAAGACCUCGAUCCUCAUAUUCUACCUCACUCUGACUCGCAAUCAAAAGGUUUUUCGCGUGGCCAAUUAUGUGACCCUCGCGGUCGUCAACGCGGCCGGCUUUGCGUUGACGAUGGUCAAUGUCUUUCAGUGUCGACCGUUCUCUGCAUCCUUUGUGCCGGGCGUGCCUGACGGGGCUCAAUGCAUCGACAUCGUCACUCUCUACCUCUCCUCGUCUCCAGUCAAUAUCAUUACCGACCUCGCCAUCCUUUUUCUGCCUAUCCCGAUCUUGACCCAGAUGCGAUUGCCCUUUAAGCAGAAGGCUAUCUUGGUGGUGACUUUCAGUUUCGGUUUUUUCGUGGCCGUGGUGGAUGUCAUUCGGGUUGCGUUCCUGCAGCGAGCGGCAAUUUCGCGGUCUUUAGCGCUGGAAGCUAUCCAUCUGCAGAACAACACGGCCGCCGAUUUUAGCUAUUAUGCCUCGCUCUCCUUCAUGUGGUCCGUCGUCGAAGUGAACAUUUCCAUUAUCUGCGGCUGUGUCCCGAGUCUCAAGCCUCUAGUCACUCGUCUGAUGCCCAAGUUGAUCCGCGAUACCGGGGAUCUUUCCACAGGCCCCUGCAGCCCUUCCGCCGUCAACCAAAGCCCGGUCGCGAUUCCCUCUCCCGCCGCUAUACCCAGUCCAAUCGAGAGGCCCGGAGUGUCACCAUCGGCCAGUGUGGAGAGCAAGUCGUCACAGUCAGGAGGUGGGAGUAUGUCUACACGCAGGAGAAGCCGACAGGCCUCGGAUCAACCCAUGGACAUGCUGGAUUUCUUGACCGAACCGGGCCAUGCGAUCGGCGAUCUCGAAACGAAUACUGCGACCAGUGCAUCGUAUCCACCCGACAUCACCUUUUUUGACUUUGUCAAUAUGAAGACGCCGGCGAGUAUGCUCAAGUUGAAUAACCGCGAAUCUAUCGCCCCCAUCGCCCUGGCAACACUACUGUUCUUCCUCUGGGGGUUCGCAUAUGGCUUGCUUGAUACCCUGAACGCGCAAUUUCAACAAAUCGUCCGCCUCAACGCAUGGCACUCCCUGGGUCUACAUGGCGCCUAUUUCGGUGGAUAUGUCGUUGGUCCCCUCUGUGUCGGACGUCCGGUUCUCAAGAUAUGGGGAUUCAAGGCAACCUUCAUCACCGGAUUAUGCAUCUACGCCUGCGGGACACUUGUCUUUUGGCCAUCAGCGGUGCUCACCUCUACAGUUGCUUUCACCAUUUCCAACUUUAUUGUGGGAUUUGGGCUGGCCGUCCUGGAAACGGCAGCGAACCCAUUCAUCGCCCUUUGCGGCCCCCAGGAGAAUUCGGAAAUCCGUCUGAAUUUCUCGCAGGGUGUGCAGGCCAUCGGCAGUGUUGUCUCUCCGCUUCUAGCAAAGAAGGUCUUGUUCAAGAAUGUCAAGGACGUGGCGUCUCUCGUGGACGUGCAAUGGACAUACCUUGGUAUCGCUCUCUUCGAUGUUCUCCUGGCAGUCGCUUUUUACUACUUACCUGUGCCCGAAGCGUCUGAUGAAGAUUUGGAGGAAUUGGCGAACCGACGCAAAGACGACAAUCGCACCAAAGUGAUUGGCAUCCCAGUGGUUUGGUGUACACUUGCUUUGGGUAUUUGGUCUCAAUUCUUCUACGUUGGUGGUCAGGAAGUCCUGUCUACCACCAUUGAACGUUUCGUUGCCAAUGCCAAUCCAAACUCUUCCCUCACCCCGUUUGACUUUCUCACCAUCGGACACAGCGUCUUCGCCGCGGGCCGAUUCCUAGCUGCUUUUGGCCAAUGGUUUAUCAAACCGCGCUGGUUUCUGAUGGCGUCGUACAUUGGUGUCAUCGUGUUUACCGCACUUUCGAUGAAAACCUCAGGUUCCGCGUCUAUCCUCAUGACCAUUUUCGUAUACCUCUUUGAGAGUGGCAUAUUCAGCACUACUUUUGCCAUCUCGCUUCGUGGAACGGCGCAACACACCAAAACAGCUGCCGCGCUGCUCGCUACGGCGAUCGGGGGAGGGACGUUCUUCCCCUUUGCCGAAUAUGCCGUCUACCUGUCUCGUGGUCAGCCGUACUCGUAUUCCGUCCUCGUCUCCCUCUUUGCAGCUGGUGCAAUCUUCCCGCUCUUCCUCAACUUUGUGCCUGCUGCGCAAAAGCAGGUGGAUCCAGUUCCUAAUGAAUAUCUUCGUCGCCACCGGCGAAAGAGAUCGAAAGCGUCUGUGAGCAAGCACCGGGAGAAGCAGAACCAUGCUGUGGGAGGGGUUCUCUCCCAACCGCGCAGCGUCGUAUCCGAGUCGGACAUGUUGCCCGAGCUACCCACUCCUUCUGAAGCACAUUUGGGUCCACGGGCACACGAUAACGGGGAUUCGAACGACAGCUCUCUAGCAAGCUCCCGAGACCGUUCGCAAUCUUCUGGCCACGAGAUUGGAAAAAGAGUGAGCUUUGCGGAGUCGUGA